GGGGAAGCAUUUAGUAUAUUUUUUGAAGUAAAGUAGUAUACUUUUUUCUUUUGUUGACUGCCACACUGGCGAGGGGAGCCAUACGUCGAUUUAGUAGCAUAUAAAAAAUUCGUCGAAACAUAAUUACAAAAUGUUCUCAAGAGCCGCACUGCUUUCAGCCCAACGCCCCUUGAGCGUGGUUGCUACCCGCACCGCAGCUGCCGCUGCCUCUCCAGCCAGCGGCGCCGUUGAGCGCCGUCAGCGCCCUGAACAUCCCGGCAAGGUGCGCUUGGGUUUCAUUCCAGAGGAAUGGUUCCAGUUCUUCUACAACAAGACUGGUGUCACCGGUCCCUACACAUUCGGCGUGGGUCUGCUCACCUAUCUGUGCUCCAAGGAGAUUUAUGUGAUGGAGCAUGAAUACUAUUCCGGUCUGUCGCUGGGUAUCAUGGCCAUCAUUGCUGUGAAGAAACUUGGUCCAGCUGUCGCCAAAUGGGCUGAUGGUGAAAUCGAUAAAAUUGAAGGCGAAUGGAAGCAGGGACGUGAGGCUGAACUCAAGGUCCUGACUGAUGCCAUCGAGGCCGAGAAGAAGGAGCAAUGGCGCGCCGAUGGUGCUCUGCUCUUGAUGGAUGCCAAGAAGGAGAACAUUGCCCUGCAAUUGGAGGCUGCCUUCCGUGAGCGUGCCAUGAAUGUCUACACGGAGGUGAAGCGUCGCUUGGACUAUCAGGUGGAAUGCCGCCACGUUGAGCGCCGUCUCGGCCAGAAGCACAUGGUCAACUGGAUUGUGGCCAACGUGCUGUCCAGCAUCUCGCCUCAGCAGGAGAAGGAGACGCUCAACAAGUGCAUUGGCGAUUUGAGCGCUUUGGCUUUGCGUGUCAAGAGCGCUUAAAAUACGACUCGAGUUUUAGUUGUUAAUUUGUAAAUUAAACAAAAUUGCGAGACGCAGCAACAACAGCAACAACACACACAUUGGGAUAAACAACCACAUAAAAUGUUUAACUAAAUACAAACAAAACAUAUAAUCUGUCUUGGAAGAAAACAA